AUGGAUUCAGGUUCUUUGAGUUCUCCCGCCAUCAAGUCUCAGUCACGCUUUCCUCUCCAAGAACAAUUUCUCCAGAGAAAAAGUUCCCGAGAUAAUUUGGACAGAUUCAUACCGAAUAGAUCAGCGAUGGAUUUCGAUUAUGCUCACUACAUGUUGACAGAAGGGGCUAAAGGCAAGGAAAAUCCAGUUGCAUGCUCCCCAUCGAGAGAGGCUUACAGGAAGCAACUUGCAGAAUCCUUGAACAUGAACCGGACAAGAAUUCUGGCUUUCAAGAACAAGCCACCUACGCCAGUUGAUUUGAUCCCUCAUGAGAGUUCUUCAUCAACUCAUCAACAAGAUAAAACCCCUAAGCCCAAGCGAAUUAUUCCUCAGACUUCUGAGAGGACAUUAGAUGCUCCAGACCUUGUGGAUGACUAUUACCUCAAUUUAUUGGACUGGGGAAGUGCCAAUGUUCUUGCAAUAGCACUUGGAAACACAGUGUACUUAUGGGAUGCAUCAAACGGUUCCACUUCAGAACUCAUGACUGUCGAUGAUGAAGACGGCCCUGUCACAUCUGUAAGUUGGGCUCCUGAUGGGCGUCAUAUUGCUGUUGGUUUGAACAACUCUGAAGUGCAGCUAUGGGAUACAGCUUCAGAUAAGCAGUUGAGAACAUUGAGAGGUGGGCAUAGGCAGCGAGUCGGGUCAUUGGCAUGGAACAAUCACAUACUCACAACCGGCGGAAUGGAUGGUCAACAAUUAGCAAGUGGAGGGAAUGAUAAUCUACUUUAUAUCUGGGAUAGAGGUACGGCAUCUUCUACUUCCCCAACACAGUGGCUUCACAGGCUUGAAGAUCAUACAUCUGCAGUUAAGGCACUUGCUUGGUGUCCUUUCCAAGGGAAUUUGCUGGCUACUGGUGGAGGCAGUGGCGAUAGAAGCAUCAAGUUUUGGAAUACACACACAGGUGCAUGCUUGAAUUCAAUUGACACCGGGUCUCAGAUGGCAGAGCUGAAUGGUCACACUUCAAGAGUUCUUUAUAUGGCACAGAGCCCAGAUGGUUGCACAGUGGCAACAGCUGCUGCUGAUGAAACAUUGAGAUUCUGGAAUGCUUUUGGCACUCCCGAAGUAAUUGCCAAAGCUGCGCCAAAAGCUAGAGAGCCAUUUUCACAUUUGAGUCGUAUUCGAUAA